AGUGGCAGUAACUUACACCUUUGAGUGAAAAGACCACAACCACCACUCCCAUAUAGUAUAUCCACAAUAUAAAUACACACAACUCUCUCACAAAGUUUAUUCGAUCUCAGAUCUGUGUCCAAUUCAAAUUUUGUUGAGGAAGAUUUGCUAAGAAGUAUAGAUCAAAUGGCUGCAAGGAAACCUGGUUUGAUUGCUCUUUUCGAUGUUGAUGGAACUCUUACAGCACCUAGGAAGGAAUCUACUCCACAAAUGUUGACAUUCAUGCAGGAACUUAGAAAGGUUGUUACUGUUGGAGUUGUUGGAGGUUCUGACCUUGUAAAGAUUUCAGAACAGCUUGGCAAGACAGUUACGACUGAUUAUGAUUACGUUUUCUCUGAAAAUGGCCUAGUAGCACAUAAGGAUGGCAAGCUUAUCGGAAAACAGAGCUUGAAGACAUUUCUUGGAGACGAGAAGCUCAAGGAAUUUAUUAACUUUACCCUCCAUUACAUUGCUGACUUGGAUAUUCCAAUAAAGAGAGGGACAUUCAUCGAGUUCAGAAGUGGCAUGCUAAAUGUGUCACCUAUUGGGAGGAACUGUAGUCAGGAAGAAAGGGAUGAAUUUGAAAAGUAUGACAAGGUACAGAAGAUACGCGAAACAAUGGUAUCAGUGCUCAGAGAAAAGUUUGCACACCUUAAUCUAACCUUCUCCAUCGGAGGCCAAAUUAGUUUCGAUGUUUUUCCCCAAGGCUGGGACAAGACUUAUUGUUUGAGAUACCUUGAAGAAUUUAAUGAAAUUCACUUUUUUGGAGACAAAACAUACAAGGGAGGAAAUGACCAUGAGAUCUAUGAGUCUGAGAGAACUGUGGGUCACACAGUUACUAGCCCAGAGGACACAGUCAAGCAGUGUUCUGUUCUAUUCCUCGGCAAGGACAAUGGAAGUUCUUGAGCUUGUUGUGGUUUCCAAUACACGAUUGUAUGCUUGUGACCAAUGCACCACAGAAAUGAAUAAUUGCAAUAAUUUUUGUAUUGAGUUUACUCAUCAAAAUUAUAAUAUGAAUGUUGUUCUCUUUUUGUGUA